AUUUUUGCUAUAUACCAUUUUAAGAACAUCCACUUCUUUCCAACUGGAAAGUAAAGUGUCUUGUAUCUUCCGAUUCAACAGUUUCCUCGUAUUCUAAUUCACAUCGAAUGAAAUGGCAGGUAAAAUCGGGUCGUUGCGGCACAGUUUCGCAGAGAGGAGCAAAGAAAGGUUGCUAUCGAGAAAGGGUUACUCCGACUUCGGCCUGAACAGCUCCGAUGGCGGAGUAGGAGGCGGAGACGACGGAGUGAAAUGGCGGUGGUUCCGCAAAAUCUCAGAUGGAAUCACCAACUUAUGGACCAGUCUUCAAGAAACUUCGGCCAAGUUAUACGAGAUGGGUCGGUCCGAUCCAAGAAAGCUCUUCUUCGCCAUGAAAAUGGGUCUUUCCUUGGCUCUCGUGUCCCUUGUCAUCUUCUUGAAAGAGCCUCUCAAGGAAGCUAGUCAAUACUCCAUCUGGGCAAUACUCACAGUCGUUGUCGUUUUCGAAUUCAGCGUAGGCGCAACACUUAACAAAGGGUUCAAUCGUGCUCUGGGGACAUUUUCUGCUGGAGGACUUGCUCUGGGUAUUGCUGAAUUAUCUAUGAGAGCUGGGGAUUUUCAGGAAGUCAUUAUAAUAAUUAGUAUUUUCAUUGCAGGAUUUUGUGCGAGUUAUGCGAAACUGCAUCCAACGAUGAAGUCUUAUGAAUAUGGGUUCCGGGUAUUCUUGUUGACAUACUGUAUUGUAAUGGUCUCUGGGAGUAAUUCAUCGCAGUUUUUCGAAACUGCAUUUUAUCGGUUAUUACUUAUUGGAGUUGGUGCUGGUAUAUGUUUGGUUGUAAAUAUAUGUAUAUACCCAAUCUGGGCAGGGGAGGAUCUGCACAAAUUGGUGGUAAAGAAUUUCAAGGGUGUUGCUUCUUCUUUGGAAGGCUGUGUUAAUGGAUACUUGCAAUGCAUUGAAUAUGAGAGGAUCCCUUCCAAAAUUCUUACAUACCAAGCCUCUGACGACCCAUUGUAUAGUGGCUACAGAUCGGCUGUACAGUCUACGAGCCAAGAGGAAUCUCUGUUAGACUUCGCAAUAUGGGAACCACCUCAUGGCCCUUAUAAGAGUUUUAAUUAUCCUUGGAGAAACUAUGUCAAAGUAAGUGGUGCACUGAGGCAUUGUGCUUUCAUGGUAAUGGCAAUGCAUGGAUGCAUACUUUCAGAAAUACAGGCACCAGCAGAAAAGAGACAGGUAUUUAGUAAUGAGCUUCAGAGGGUUGGUACUGAAGGAGCUAAAGUGUUACGUGAUCUCGGAAGCAAAAUAGAAAAGAUGGAAAAAUUAAGCACUGAAGACAUACUACAUGAAGUGCAUGAGGCAGCAGAACAGUUGCAAAUGAAGAUUGACCAAAAAUCAUACCUUCUGGUCAAUUCACAGAGCUGGGAAGGUGUAAGGAAGGCUAAGGAAUUGGAAGAUCCUCAGACUUUCAAUGAUGUUAAAGACAAUGAAAGCAAAGGACUGGUAAUCAAUUCCCUCAGUGAAAUUCAGAAUCCAAAUAUGAGUGUGGAACCCUCCUCCAUGCCGCAAUGGAUAUCCUCAGAAAGUGUACUUAAGAAACCAAUAUCAUGGCCACGUCUCUCAUUUACUGGGGAUUACAUGCUUAUUAAUGAACAAGAAUCAAAAGUAUAUGAAAGUGCCAGUUCCUUGUCUUUAGGAACAUUUUCGUCACUUCUGAUUGAGUUUGUUGCCAGGCUUCAAAAUAUUGUCGAUGCUUUUGAAGAGCUUUGUGAGAAAGCAAAUUUUAAGGAACCCGUGGAUUCCCCAGAGGCCAUAGAGGUGGUUGGGUUUUGGACCAGACUGUUUAGGUGCUUCCAUUGAAAUCUGGGUUAAGUUGGUUCAGCAUCAUAUUUUUUUUAUUCAGUUCUUGGGAGUUCAUCAUUGGUUACUGCUUGGUUUACUUUGGCUUCCUAGGUUUAUGGAAAAAUUGGAAUUGUAUUUGGAAAUGCAUUACGUUCUUCACCUAAAUGGUUAUUCUAGCCAUUGAAGAGGGUCUGAUCACCUCUCUUUGAUUUUUUAUUUUUAUCUAACCCCAAGGGAAGCCAAGCUGGGCAAUCUCCAGUGAUGGGGCUUUUGUGAUCCUGAGAUUAUUUGUGGAAAUGAAGCGAGAGUUUUUAGAGGAAUAGGGAUGUAAGCGAUGUUGUUAAGACAUCUAUAUAUUUUAUUGAUUUAA